AUGAUCCAAGGUGUCUAUACAGCCCUCAACAAAGUAAGAGGAAAUUAUCACCUCAAAUAUGUACAAGUGUGUGAUUGUGAGCCGCAUGCUGUCACACUCUUGAAAUGCCAGUUCUGGCCAGGGUCACCAGCAAAUCCCACCACAGGAUUCAGCUUCAAACUGAUGGAGUUUGUGGAGAAGGUCUUUCUUCAUUGUCAAGUGUCCCUGCUAAACAUCACUGAAGUGAUCACAGAACUCAAUCCUCAGCUACAGCCAACACAUGUGAGCUCAAUUUACAGUAUCCUUAAUUCAGAAUGCUUUGAAGAAUUCAGGUAUUUCAUGUAUCAGUACAGGCAUUGUACAAAGUACAAUAAUGGAAGUUUGUACAAUGGAGCUUGGUGUCCUAUAUGUCCAAGGGAUGAUGGUGUUCUCAUUGAAAGCAUGGAUGGGUGCUUUGGACUGUGCAGAAAGAAGGACAAAGGGCAUAAUUUAGGAACACCCAAACAUGGAACACUCCUAUUUGCAGACCAGGAUGAUGUUGACAAUUUUGUCAACAGUUAUGGCAAAGCUGGAGCAGACAUGGAACAGAACUGUAGUAAGUUCCAUGCUGGAGAGGUUCUUUCAGCUUUAAGAUCAAAAGGCAAAAACAAACUCUUUGACGAGAAAGGUGUCUUUGGGCGAGUAUGCAGACAUGACUUUCCCAAAGGAUUCCAUAACAUAAAGCAUGGUGAAAGAAUAUCAUACUCUGUUUAUGAGCUUAAGAGGCUUAGAAGUCUUAAUGAGAGCACCAGAAACAGAGUAAUCAUCAUGUAUGACAUUGCUUGUCUAUUAGCACACCAUUUGAAGGAAAGCCUCUUGGAAGGUGUUGAUGUUGCCAUACCCAUAUUCCAUUGCUAUGGGCACAAGGCAUCAUGCCAGAUCCAGUACAGUCCAAGAAGGAUCAAGGGAACUGGAUUGACAGAUGGUGAAGGGGUGGAAAGGUUAUGGUCCUUUCUGCGAAGGUUUUCCUCUGUCACUAAAGAAAUGAGUGCUCACAAAAGGACAGAUGUUUUGACUGAUGGGCUUCUUCACUAUGCCCAACAUUUGUAUCACAAAUUUGGUUUUACUCUAAAAGCAAAGUUUGCAAGGGCAGAAAUUCUUCUACAGGAUGUCAGUGCAAAGCUUAAGGAACUCACUGAAAAACUUCCAGAUUGUGAUGAUGAUGUGAUACAAGAGUGGCAAAAGGAAGAAGUUGAAGCACUGAAACCAAAAGAACACGGAUUAAUACUGCAGUGGGACGAAUCAUAUGUCAGCUUGCUCCUCAUGUCUAAAAAACUCAGAAAUGAAUUGAGCUGUGUACAAGAUGAAGAUCAAGGGAAAGUAAAAGAUGUUGAAAAGAAAAUCAAACGGAACGAGAAGGCCAUAGUAGCCAUGGAAAAGAAGCAUCACAUCAGAGAAAGAUGGUCCGAUCUGUCUCGUGUGUUUGUAACCGUUAAGUCACGUCUCUACGAGAAGAGAAAGAGCGAACUCUUGUUGAGUUUACAUUGCAUGGCAUCCGAAAGAUGUUUCUUGGUGGAAUUGAAGCGAAAAUAUGCUG